AUGAGUUACGACCCAAGACUGGGCGCCGAAGCAUACGGUGCGGCGGACGCGUAUAGCGAUGGAGACGCGAGAAAGGGUUCGGUACAGGCGGCCAGGGAAAGGAUGCAGGCUGCGCAAAAGAGGACACAGCUCCCAGACACUUCAAAGAUAAUAGGCCUGCCACGACGACCAAACCAGAACCUGCCUCAGACUUCCCAGGAAAGCCUCGAACAGUCACCGCAGCCAGAUUACUCAGGCUCCAGGGAUGAUGUCGACUCCGGGUCCCCGUCGCCACAAUGGCCACUCCCAAACAGCAUGGUGGAAAGCUCAGUACCUAUUCCACCUCGUUCACCAAGGAGGUUGCAAUCACCACGAGAAAUAAUUCGGCCGGUAUCCGAGGACUUACCCAUUCAACAACUAUCCCCCGACUUACAGUCACCCAUGUCUCCUGGUUAUUUGCAGGCAAGUGAAGACGCACUUUCCCCUGGUUCCUACAGGUCUUCGCGCCCCAUCACUACCUCAUCCAUCGCAUCCGAAUCCUCCAUAGGAUCAAUACCCGACUUUCCCAUACCUCAACCGCCCAUGCCAAGUAUCCAACAGGCUCGACGCUUUCCAAGUUUAGGUCCACCACCGUCGUCGCGAAGAGGCCCCUCGUCAUAUUACACACAAAUGUCUUAUGUGUCACCAAUCGUCGAAGAGUCGGACACACAAUCAUCUAGGAUACAAUCGCAGCGCGGAUCAUUCGCAUCGAGCAACGUGUUCCCUACCAACAAAGAUAGCUUUUAUCCCGAGGACGACCUAUAUUCAGAUGACGAUGAAACAGUCACUAGCGAUCGCGGAACCAUCUCACCUACAGAGCACGAUGACCGGAGCGGCCUUGUCCAGCAGUCGCCAGCACUAGUGCGACAAGCAAGUUUGGGAAGGCGGACCAAACCGUCGCUGAUGACUAUCAGAUCUGUAGAAGGUCCUGGAGAUAAGAAAAGCGGCGCAAGCAAAAAAGCAAUGGGUCUAGGGGUUGGAGUGGGACUAGGGGCCGCAACGCUCGCAGCAAGGGACGGCACGCCUAUCAGAGGAAGGUCGCCCCUCAGCAGCCAUACAUCGUCAGACUCUCUGGACACAUUGCAAAAUUCAAAAGAGCAAGCUGGAUACGCAACAACGACAUCGUCACCCCAUCCACUUUCCCAGGAGACGCGCUUCAGCGCACUAGCCGAGCGUGCCGGAAUGCGAAAAGGGAGACCCCCAACGCUUGACAUGGACGCCGUCCGAGAAGCUGAGGCGCGUGGCAGCCUGACAAGUCUGCCAGACCUAAUUCGAAGAGCUACACGGCUUGCAGCCAAUCUUGAUCGUGGACGCACAGCUAGCCGAUUGAACAUGGACUUUUGGGAGAACGGUGCUCCUGCACAAAACCAGGCCCGCCAAUCUGGCUUGUCAGAGAUGCUUGCUGCUUUCCCACCACCUGGCCAGGAAACGCCAACUCGUUCGGGUCGUGUCAGUCCAAGAGUGGGUGGCGGCGGUCUUACCAAGUGGCCGUCGACUGCUGAAAUGCGCGCAAACGGAAUGGGUUCUGCUGCAUUAACCAACGAAAAACCCAAGAAACGCCGGUGCUGCGGUAUGCCCCUCUGGACGUUCAUCACGCUUCUGAUAGUCCUGUUGUUCAUCAUCGCCGCCGCAGUCGUUAUCCCUGUGGUUCUUGUAGUCAUUCCUAAUAUGAACAAAGCCACCAGCGCCGCUGCUCAGGAAACCCAAAGCAACGGUGCUGGUCUGACCAACACGAAUGUGCCUGCAGCAGCCCCAACAUCCCGCCCCAACAACCCUGGAAAUUCAGGAAAUGGUCAAUGCGACGGAAUCAUCUCUUGCCAAAACGGCGGUCUUGCCAUUUUCAACUCUGAUCAAUCCUGCAACUGCAUUUGCAUCAACGGCUUCACAGGACGCACAUGCACCAAUGACGAUGCCACUGGCUGCACCACGACCAACAUCGAAGGUACUGUCAACAAUGCCACGACGGGUUCCGGGAUUCCCCGCCUGAUCUUGGAGACAGCUCAGAGUUUCAAUGUACCAAUGAAUGCAACCCGUAUUCUGUCGCUUUUCUCGACAUUGUCACUCAGUUGCGCGGCGGAGAAUGCCCUCAUUACCUUCAACGGUUUGGCAUCUCGGAGCCUUCCCUCGCUUGAUGUAAGGUCCACGCUUCGCCCGUCACGUACACUCCCCCUUCUCUACCAACCGCACCCUGCGCAUGCCCUCCACCAGCCACAUAAACGCCAGACAGUCGGCCAGACCAACAAGGCUCCUACGACUCCAAACCAAGCGGCGAUAUCCCAGGCCCCCAAAAUGGUGCAGCCCAUUUCUAGCAACAUCGUCGCCCUUGACUUUGCGCGUGUCGCUGUCCUUUUCGCACUUGAACAAAGUAAUUCCCUCGACGUUGCUGCUUCUGCCCAGGAAUCGAUACAGAACCUACUCACAAGCAACCGUAAUGGCAAUGCCAACAGUGGUGCCGUUGACGUUGGGCCUUUUAAACUUGAUCUUAUUCAGUUCACAAUUGAGUUCCAAAACGGAACCACAAUCCGCGCGCCGCCACAACAACCCUCGUCCUAA